AAUUGAGUUGAAUAGUAAGAAGGGGGAGGGGGGAGGGUGGAGGUAUGAGACUUUUUGUCCCAAUAAGCAUCACAUCACCCAAGACUUCUUCCUUGCUAUAAAGCAUUAGUCUACCUCCUCCCUUUCUCCCCCAAGUGCAGCAGAUUUCUUCAUCCUCAUUCAACCAGACACACAAAGACACAAAUAUAGAGAGUUAAAGGGAAAGAUGGGUAGAGCUCCAUGCUGUGACAAGGCAAAUGUGAAGAGAGGACCUUGGUCUCCUGAAGAAGAUUCCAAGCUUAAAUCCUAUAUUGAGCAACAUGGUACUGGUGGCAACUGGAUUGCACUUCCACAGAAGAUUGGACUUAAAAGAUGUGGGAAGAGUUGCAGACUUAGAUGGUUAAACUAUUUGAGGCCAGACAUCAAACAUGGUGGAUUUUCUGAAGAAGAAGAUAACAUCAUUUGCAGCCUCUACAUCAGUAUUGGAAGCAGGUGGUCCAUAAUUGCAGCUCAAUUGCCUGGAAGAACUGAUAAUGACAUUAAAAACUACUGGAACACCAGAUUGAAGAAGAAGUUGCUUGGAAGGCGUAAGGAAUCUCAGGCACGUCGUUUAUCCGCCGCCGGACUCAAUCAAGAUACUAAGGAUGCAAAUGGGAUGGAAGAUAAUCCAUACUCACAAGGCCUAAGCAACGCAGCAUUUGAAAGAUUGCAACUCCAUAUGCAACUGCAAAGCCUCCAAAACCCUUUCUCUUUGUUUGACAACCCUGCUCUUUGGCCUAGGUUACAUCCCCUUGGAGAAAGGGCAUUGCAACUCCAACAUGGCUUGAAUGAUAGUUCCAUUACUCAGAUCCCACAAGUCCCUCAAAUUCAGACAUUAUUACCCUCACAGAAGUUCCAUGAAUUCCCUUCUUCAGCCCCAAUUAACAUUGAAGGAGAUAAUUCUAUGAUUAACAGCAGAAAAGAAGAUGAAAUGGAGAAUUCGAUAAACGGGUUUUCGUCAUUGGAGAGCUCCAUUGCAUCAAUUGCAUUCAACAACAGACCAGAACCAAAUGUCAUGGAACAAUCAAGCAUGAACAUUCAGUCAUUAUCUGGCCUACAAACUGAAUUAAAUGACUUAAUUUACGGCAAAAAUGGCGGAUUGGGAGGGAAUGAAGAUCAGAUGACAGAAUUCGAUUGUUUCAAAGGGAUGGAUGAGUCAAAGGACAGCAUGAGUUGGUGGGCUAAUGAUUUCGACACAAAAUCAUCGUCUUCAAAUUCUUGGGAUUCCUCUUCUGUUCUUCAGACUGAAGGGAUGUUUCAAGAUUAUGUUCUAGGGUAUGAUCUAUAGAAGUCAUGGAUGUAGAUUUAGAGUGGUGUUUGUUUUAAGUUUAUUCGCAGGACUCAGUAGUAUGGGGAGGCAUAAAAGAGUCUGAACUCUUGAGUGUGUAAAUGGUGUGAAUAAUAAUACUGUAUGUUCUUCAGCUA